AUGGCGUGGACGAACGACCGCGCGGACGGCGCGUCGCUCCCGAGCACGACCGGCGGCGGCGGCGCCGCCGCCGCCGCGGGGGUCUCGCACGAGGACGUCGUCGCGACGUUUCGAGAUCUCCUCGGCGCCUUCUUCGAAGCGUACCUCGUCGACGCCGCGGAGAUCCGGAAGCCGAGGAUGACCACGCUGCUGCUGCAGGCGGACGGCCGCGGGAUGCUCGGCCCGCUCGCGAUGCACCCGCUCAGCGCGCUUUUCCGCAGCCUCCUGGGCGAGCUCGCGACGGACGCGCAGAAGUUCGCCGCCUUCUACCACUUUGUCUUUUUCGUCGCGCGCGAGCGCGGGCAGAGGAACCUCUCCGUCGCCGCCGCGCUCGAGGGGUGGAGGUUCCUCCUCGCGGACGGACGCUUCGCGCUCCUCGCGCAGUGGUGCGAGUUCGUCGGCGGCGCCCGCGCGGACGCGAAGGGGAUUUCCGAAGACACGUGGUGCCAGGUGCUCGAUUUCGCGCACGCGGUGAAUCAAGCCGGGGGGCUGGACGGCUACGAUCCCCACGGCGCGUGGCCCGUGCUCGUGGACGAGUUCGUGGACUGGCACCGGAUGCAUCUCUUAUCGCGUCAGCAAGCGAGCGCGGCGUCGAUCGCGCGGACGCACGCGGUAGGGGGGUGGGGCGCGUCGCCGGGCCCCGCGCGGGCGAGCGCCGCCGCGGCGGGGAUGGCGACGGCGAUGGAUCAGUCGGUGAAUCAUCAUCACGCGGGCGCGCACUUCAGCGACAUGGUGUACAACGGCGGCGUCGAGGGCGGGAGCGGGAAGGGGUUCGGAGGUUACCCCGGGUCGAUGUUCGGCGUCCCCGGGCAGCGAUCGCACGCGCGAUCGGGUCAGAGUCAACACGUGUACGCGGGCGGCGGGAACUCCGCGGCGGCGGCGGCGGCGGCGGCGGCGGCGGCGGCGGCGGCGGAGGAUCCGUUUCGGCGCACGCCGUCCACGGUGGGGUGUAAACGACGUCUAAACUCGUUCUUGGAGCUCGACAGUCUCGCGGAUCAGUUCGAGCAGAGCGCGCGCGUGCGAACGCCGCCGAUCGCGUUGGAUCAACUCGAGCGCGAGCAGACGGCGAUCGAGAACGCGAGGGACGGCGGGCCUAAGAAGGGUAGAUAUUGA